AAUUACUAAAGUUUUUUUGAUGUUAGUCUUUUCUUUUUUGCAGAUUAUGUAUAUUUUGAAACAUCCUCAACCUCACCAUAUCAAAUUAGGAGAAUAGAAGAACUUAAUAAGACCCCGAAUGGAAACGUGGAAGCCAAAGUCAUGUGCUUUUAUAGACGCCGAGACAUAUCCUCCUCCCUUAUUAUGUUGGCAGACAAACAUCAGAGUGCCUUAGAUGAAGAUGAAAGUGAGAGUGAAUCUGGAGACUUAGGGAGUUCACCAGUGGUGACUACCCCAGCAGGUGAAGUCUUGACCUCAGGAGACCGACAUCAGCUGCGGCAUCGUGAGCUUUUUUUAUCCCGUCAAAUUGAGACUCUUCCUGCCACCCAUAUCAGGGGCAAAUGUACAGUAACUUUACUAAAUGAAACUGAGUUACUACUUGCCUACCUUAAUAAAGAUGACAGUUUUUUUUACUCCUUAGUGUAUGACCCCCAACAAAAAACCCUCCUCGCCGACAAAGGAGAAAUCCGUGUUGGGUCAAGAUACCAAGCAGAUAUUACAAAUUUAUUGAAAGAGGGUGAAAGUGAUGGCAGAAACAUGGAAGAAUUAGAAAGUUUAGUGUGGACUCCUUCGCAUGGUCUUACGGAUAGACAAAUAGACCAAUUUCUUGUUAUGUGUCGAUCUGUAGGAACAUUUGCAAGAGCACUUGAUUGUUCCUCGUCGGUAAAACAACCAUCUUUACACAUGAGUGCUGCAGCUGCUUCUAGAGAUGUUACCUUGUUCCAUGCCAUGGAUACGUUACACAAGCAUAAUUAUAAAAUCAGCGAUGCAUUAUGCUCACUAAUCCCAGCAUCAGGACCUGUACUUUGUCGAGAUGAGAUGGAGGAAUGGUCUGCAUCAGAAGCUAAUCUCUUUGAAGAAGCCUUGGAAAAAUAUGGCAAAGAUUUCAAUGACAUCAGACAAGAUUUUCUGCCCUGGAAGACACUAAAAAAUAUAAUUGAGUACUACUAUAUGUGGAAAACAACAGACAGAUAUGUGCAGCAAAAGAGGGUUAAAGCAGUUGAAGCAGAAUCUAAGCUUAAGCAAGUGUACAUUCCUAAUUAUAACAAACCAAACCCUGCAGCAUUGUCAAAUGGUAAAACACCCUCCAUGGUGAAUGGGAAUGGGACGACAGUUGAUGUCUCAUUAUCUGGCAAAGCUUGCGAGUCUUGUCAUACAACCAGUAGCAGUCAGUGGUAUGCCUGGGGUCCAUCACAUUUACAGUGCCGUCUUUGUAAUAGCUGUUGGCAGUAUUGGAAAAAAUUUGGAGGAUUAAAGCUUCCUUCACGUAUUGGUAGAGAAGAAGCUGAUAUUGACAGUGAAAGUGGCAGAAAAAGUGCUGAUAUAUUUGGGGAAGAACGACUGCACAGUGGUGGCAGUCGUUCGCAGCGGUGUAAUGUUGGUGGUUGUGGCCGUGAAUACAAGACGCGGUCACAGUUAAUUCGGCAUGCUGCUCAGGCACAUGGUGUGGCCUUGAGACCUGGCUCUCCAAGACCAAUCAUGAAAACUAGAGCAGCCAUCAUGGUUCAUACAAGCCUUCCAAUUCGAGUCAUGCGAAGACUUUGUCAGGACCUGAUUCUCCCCAGAAAAGCUGGCCGGAAUCCAAACUGGCCAAUUAAUGCCACUAAUAUCCGUCAAGAGAGUCUCCAGCGCAUGGCUGGGAAAACGUUUGAAGACUUUGCAUACCUUGUGAAGCAUAGAACGGGUCGGCGUCGUGGGAGAGUUUCACAGGUGUCAAUGCGCUUAGGUCAGAAGAUCUCUGCUUGCCCUGCGUGGAUGCUCCCCACGGACAAGUCACUUCUUCCCAUACAGCCCCAUAUAGCAUUCCCAAAACCUCCCAAGGGACCAGAUGGCAGUCUUAUAUAUACUCCAGUACCAAACCGAGAGCUUCCCAUUCUAAAUAAUAUGAGCCCAUCCCUCUUAAAAAGACGAGCGUAUGAGGAAACUAAUGGCAUGGAUGAGGGCGAAUUGGAAGAAGGGCUCCUGCCACCAAAACGACAAAAGGAGAUGGACGCUUUGGACAUGCUUCGGCUGAAUCAGCUUGGAGUCAGCACUCCUCCAGGCCUGACAGUCACCCCAGUGGGAGUGAAUGGUGGCCCUGGGGUGCCUCCACCACUAGGAGCCCCAACACCUCCAUUACCUGGGGUUCCAACUCCGGGAACCACAAGUACCCCAGGCAGGACCAAGAUAGCCACAGUAUCUCGGGUGGGGGGUCGUCCCCGGAUCAUAUCUUGGAUGGAUGCCCCUGAUGAUGUAUACUUUUAUGCAACUGACUUAACAAAGAAAAUGCGCAAAAGUUUGUCAGCUAAUGAUCUAAAAAGAGCAGCCCGGCAACCAUGGAAGAAGAUUCAGGACAAAGAACCCACAUCGCCUCCAGUAGCAGUUACUCCAUUUACUCCUGUGAUGGGUGAAUGAUCCACCCGAGACUCGGAAGAAGAAAAAACAUAGCAAAUACGGCCAUGAGUCUUGAGAACAGAAGAUUAGAGUAACAACACAUUCCUUUCUGGAGUGAAUGUUAUGAAAAGUGAACACUGAUAAGGCUUGUUGCAUUUUGCAAAGAAAGCAACCAGAUGUGCUUUGGCCUAAACAUUAUUACCAGUGUGAGUUUGAGUCUUAUGAAGUGGUAGAAAAAUAUACUCCAGAAAAGUUGCUCUAGUACUAUUUUUUUCUUUCUCUCCCUCCUUAAGGCAAGUGACCGCUCUUUUAUGACAGGCCAGUGUUAACAGCCCAGAAAUGGGUAUUAUAGCGCUGCCAGUACAAGUUAGAAACCAUGCUGAAUUGGAAGACAUUAUGUGGAGCAAAUUGGUGUUAAGGUACUAAUAUAGCUUUAUUAGUUACUGGAACAUUUUUGAAUUUAUUAUACAUUGCAGGUGUAUUAUGGCCUUGUGCAAACUUUAAAUGCCUGUGUACGAAAAAAAAAUCAAAGUUCAAAGCCUCAUUGUUGAUGGGGAACAUAUUUUACGAUUAAGUAGUAAGUGCUUUUAUGCAAGUUGAAGGAUCUGUGGACUAGCUGUUUAGAUUGACUUUGUCAGUCCGAGGAGGAGGAUGUGUGAAAACAGUGAGGAGUACCUGAGGUCAAGCAACAUCCAAGAUGAUGCUUUGAUAGUAAUGAAAUGAUCUGACAAGGUGAAAAACUUUAGAGAAGUUUGAAAUGAAAAAAAAUUGUUGGAUCACUUUAUUAAUUUGUUGAGAAUGAUUUUUAUUUUUUGCGUGAUUUUGAAAGGAAAAAAAAAUCAGGAAAAUAUUUGACAGCUUCAUUUACACUGUGCAGAAAGCAACUCUGGAUAUUAGUUGCAGCCUGAAAAUGUCAAAUAAACUCCUAGUAUCAUCACCCAAAGUUCAAAGUGAAGACUAACAAUAACUUAAUACCACCCUCACCAUUUUUAUUUAUAUUUUUUUCCUUGUAAAUACGGUUGCCGCAUGUUCAUCAUGGAAUUUUCAGUGAUUAGUAGUGAUAUUAGUGAUAAUUUUGUGUCAUUUGUAUUUUGUCCAGUUGAACAUCAUUUUUCUGCACCAGCAUCAACUCUUGACUGGGUCUGAAACUUCCAUUCGUGCUCUGCUGUCAUCACUAGCAACUUUGAUCCCAAGGUUCUGAUGUUACCCUCGGCACUUACGUAAUGUGGCAAUUUACCUUUACUAUAAUGAUUGAGGAAGGCAAUUAGCAAUCAUAAUAAACAAUGCUAAUGGCAGGGGAAAGGGUAGUGGUCAGGGUCACUCCAUACCAUUUCAUCUUUCAACUAUUCUACAUACUUUCAUUUCCUCCCAUAUCUGCACACAUACAUAAACAGACACACCAUUUUCCAUAGAUCCUGUCCUUAUCAGUUUCUUCCAUUGGUAUUACUUUUCUUUUGUUUUAACAUCAGAAAUAUUGUAAAAUUGUAAAUUUAACAACAGAUUUAGUGCACUCUUGUUAUUUUUGUUUUAUAAUGAUGGAAUGUGAAUGUGCUGUUAUAUUGAAAGAGAAAGAUGUUAUGAGAAAAUAAAAAGUUGCUAAAACAGCUCUUCAAC